AUGUCCAUUUCUACGGCACUGACACCUUUGCUCCAGUCGUUUCCAACAUUCAUGAUUUUAGCCGUUUUCUUUGGCUUAGGAGAGGGAGGUUUUGAUACGGCAUGUCAUGCCUGGAUACUGGAGAUGUGGGAGAAUGAUAACGGGCCGUAUAUGCAGGCCUUGCACUUCACGUUUGGUUUGGGCACAGUGUUGGCCCCUUUGAUUAGCUACAAAUUCUUGGGCGAAAAUAUCCACAAACAUGUCAAUACAGUCUCAAGUGUUCAAGAAUUUCCCAUUAAUAACAUGACAUCGUCCACACAACUGAUGAUUAGCGGUCCGUCGGUCGAGAGAUCCCGAAAGUCGUCGAAGGCAUCACUCCUUCGUUCACACGAGUCGACAGCCGGAGAAAGUGUCAAACUAUUGAACAAUAACUUUGAAGCAAAACAUUUGUCGGACAGGACUCGAGGCAAACCGUAUUCAAAGGGUUACUUAAUAUCGUUGGUCUCCAUCUGUUCCGUAAUGUUCUGCUUCUAUGAAGGCAUGGAAAACAUUAACUUUGAAUAUUUGGCCACUUUUAACAUCAAUACGGAACUGGAGCUCUCCAAACAGACAUCCGAUCUCAUCGCCUCAGCCAUGUCUACCGCCUAUACUAUAGGACGAGGAGUGGGAAUAUUUCUGGCGAUUAAAAUCCAACCAAAAUAUUUUCUAUACUUAGAUCUCAUACUAAUAUCGUUAGGGAAUGGUAUACUCUAUGCCUUCUCCAAUACGUCCGAAGUUAUGGUAUAUAUCGGGACAAUAACCCUCGGGUUUGGCUUUUCAACAGUAUUUCCCUGUGUUUUCUCAUAUAUGGAGCUCUUCAUACCGAUGACAGACAUGAUCUGUGGUAUUAUCACAGUGUCUGGAGCUCUGAUAGCCAUAAUAGACCCCAUAAUAGUGGGCCGUUAUAUCACAGAAGCGCCUUAUAUUUUACUUUAUCUAAACAUCGGAAGUACUAUUUUAGUGAUAAUCGCAUUCUUGACAAUAGAGACCAUAACAUACAUCACUAAACAGCGAGAGAGACGGGCACUCAUCCAGAAUUCGUACAACACAUUUGAAUCACAGACUAGUGGCAGUCAUUAA